UGUGCGUUUACGAGUAGCGGCGGCUGCUCUACACUGACGAAUGAUGAUUAACCAUCACAAUCACAAUCACAAUCCAUCCACUCACUGGUAUCAUCAAUCAAUGAAACUUAAUUGCCCUAUCCACGCAUCCAUCCCCUCCUCCCUUUAAAACAUUUCAUUCCCACAAUACAAUAAUAAUAAUAAUAAUAAUUUCAUCCUCAAUUGAUUCCAUGUCUCUUCAUUUUCUCGGUGGCUCCGUUUCUUCACACUACAAUUCCCACAAUCAUUACAAUUCCCAUUCCCCCAAAAAACUUAACAAAAACAUUCGGACUAUUUGUAGUAUUAUUAACCAUUCAUCGACCCAACAACAACAACAAUUCUUGUGCAGACCCGACUCCCCCGACCAAUCUUGUUGCCAACAAACGCCUCUUUUUCUCCUUCAAUCAGCAGCAAAUGAUGUUUGGGUUGCUAUGAAAGACGAAGCUCGUUCUGACGUCAUUCGCGAACCCAUUUUAUCCAAGUAUUAUUUCAGCUUAAUCUUGUCUCAUCAUCUUAUGGAAACCGCUCUCGCCAAUCAUCUUUCUUUAAAGCUCGGAGAUUUAAGCCUUCCGAGUGGGACCCUUUAUGAUCUCUUCAUGGGCGUGCUUACACAUGACCCCCAUAUCGUGAAUGCCGUGAAACAUGAUCUAAAAGCCGUUAAAGAAAGGGACCCGGCUUGUAUUUCAUAUGUCCAAUGCUUUCUAAACUUUAAAGGUUUUCUUGCGUGUCAAGCUCACAGGAUAGCACACCACUUAUGGCUGCAGGAUAGGAAAGUGAUUGCUCUUGUUAUUCAAAACCGGGUUUCCGAGGUGUUUGCGUUGGAUAUACACCCCGGAGCCAAAAUCGGCAGAGGGCUUUUGUUCGAUCACGCUACGGGUUUAGUUAUCGGAGAGACUGCUGUCAUCGGUGACAAUGUUUCUAUUCUGCAUAAUGUUACGUUAGGUGGGACUGGUAAGAUUAGUGGUGAUAGACAUCCCAAAAUCGGAGACGGGGUUUUGAUUGGUGCUGGAACUUGUGUUUUGGGUAACGUUAGGAUUGGAGAUGGGGCUAAAAUAGGCGCAGGGUCCGUGGUGCUAAGGGAUGUCCCCGCUAGAACCACUGCCGUCGGGAAUCCUGCUAAGUUAAUCGGCGGAAAACAGAAUCCCGUUAAGCUUGAUAAGAUUCCUGCUCUUACUAUGGACCAUACUUUACAUAUUAAUGAAUGGUCUGAUUACGUUAUCUAGUUUCCCAUUGUUUCAAGUUUCACUAUGUGAAUCGGAUCUUGGAUUCCAGAAACAUCUAUAUCUGUUUGUUUUUUUGGUCAAAUUGGGAGUCCAAAAAGAUCUUUUGGUUUUGUUUGUUGUAUAUGUAUGUAUGUGAACUAUCACUUAGCUAUACCCACAGAUUUGAUGCUGAGCAUUAUGAAUAAACGAGGAUUUGUAGUCUUUUAAA